UUUGUAACAUGCUAUAUUUUACCAAUGGGUAGAGCUGGAGAACCAAAUGUUACAAUUAAUCAUGGCAAUUUCAAUUUUUUGAAAAUGCCUGCGGGAGAAAGUGUGCCUUUUGUCGGAGCCUUUCAGUCGCUGCUCGUUUCCAGUGAAGCUUUUUCCUAGGAUUGUCUGCUAAUGGUCCCAGCUUUGUAGCUCGCCGAGACUGCAGUUGUCAUUGAUCUAUUUAAAGAGCCUACAGUCAGGAGCCCAUAGGAAUUAAACGGUUCGCGAUGAUGUGCGAGGUGAUGCCGACCAUCAGCGAGGACACGGCGCUGAGCCAGCGCGGCUCCCAGAGCGGCGCCUCGGACCCGGACUCCCACUUCGAGCAACUGAUGGUCAACAUGCUGGACGAGCGCGACCGCCUCCUGGACACCCUGCGGGAGACCCAGGAGAGCCUGGGCCUGGCCCAGCAGCACCUGCAGGACGUCAGCUACGACCGCGACUCGCUCCAGAGGCAGCUCAGCUCCGCCCUGCCGCAGGAGUUUGCAGCCCUGACCAAAGAGCUGAAUGUCUGCAGGGAGAAUCUGCUGGAGAAAGAGGAGGAGAUCUCCGAACUCAAGGCUGAGAGGAACAACACCAGGCUCCUCCUGGAGCACCUGGAGUGCCUGGUGUCCAGACACGAGCGCUCUCUGCGGAUGACCGUGGUCAAGCGGCAGGCCCAGUCUCCCUCGGGAGUGUCCAGCGAGGUGGAGGUCCUGAAAGCCCUGAAAUCCCUGUUCGAGCACCACAAGGCUCUAGACGAGAAGGUGAGAGAGAGACUACGGGUGUCGCUAGAGAGGGUCUCUGCCUUGGAGGAGGAGCUGACAGCAGCCAAUCAGGAGAUCGUUGCCUUACGGGAGCAGAAUGCCCACAUCCAGAGGAAGGUGUCUUCGGGAGACGGCAGCGAGGAGUCGCUGGAGGGCAGUGAUGCUGGACAGAAGGUCCAUGGCAAGCGGCUGUCUAAUGGCUCCAUGGAGUCGGCCCACGAGGCCAGCCAGGUGGUGGAGCUGCAGGACCUGCUGGAGAAGCAGAACUACGAGCUGGCCCAGAUGAAGGAGCGAAUGUCCUCCCUGUCGUCGCGCGUCUCCGAGGUGGAGCAGGAGCUGGAGACGGCCCGCAAGGAUCUCAGCAAGUCAGAGGAGAUGAGCAACAAGUACCAGAGGGACAUCAGAGAGGCCAUGUGUCAGAAGGAGGACAUGGAGGAGCGUAUUGUCACCCUGGAGAAGCGCUACCUCAGCGCCCAGCGAGAAUCCACCUCCCUGCACGACAUCAGCGACAAGCUGGAGAACGAGCUAGCCAAUAAGGAGGCCUUCCUCCGACAGAUGGAGGAGAAGAACAGACAGCUGCAGGAGCGAUUGGAGCUGGCAGAGCAGAAGCUGCAGCAGACCAUGAGGAAGGCUGAGACUCUGCCAGAGGUGGAGGCUGAGCUGGCUCAGAGGAUAGCAGCCCUCACCAAGGCAGAAGAGCGCCACGGCAGCAUUGAGGAGCGCAUGAGGCACUUGGAGGGCCAGCUGGAGGAGAAGAACCAGGAGCUACUCAGAGCUCGACAGAGAGAAAAGAUGAAUGAGGAGCACAACAAGCGUCUGUCGGACACGGUGGAUAGACUCCUCACAGAGUCCAACGAACGAUUGCAGCUCCACCUCAAAGAGAGAAUGGCGGCUCUAGAGGAAAAGAAUGUUUUAAUACAAGACUCUGAGGGUUAUAGGAAACAGUUGGAGGAUUCAAUCCAUGAAAAAACUCACCUGGCGGAUGACAUGGACAAGCUGAGGCUGGAGCUGGACCAGUUCAGACUGAGAGCAGGCUCCCUCACGGACCCCACCCUGUCACGAUCGCACCUGGACACGUCGGCAGAGCUGCGGUUCUCCCUAGGCUCCCUGGCUGACACCCAGUCGGACCACUACCGCUCGGCUAAGGUGAUCCGCAGGCCCAGGAGAGGUCGCAUGGGCCUGCGACGUGACGAGACCAAGGCCAAAUCCCUUGGCGAGCACGAGUGGCGCUCCCAGCAGCUGGGGGUUCUGGGUAGUCACCAGUUCGAAAGCGAGAUGUCGGACAUGUCGGACAUCGAUGAUGAUGACCGGGAGACCAUGUUCAGCUCCAUGGACCUGCUGUCCCCCGGGGGGCACUCGGACGCACAGACCCUCGCCAUGAUGCUGCAGGAGCAGCUGGACGCCAUCAACAAAGAGAUAAGGCUCAUCCAGGAGGAGAAGGAGUCCACGGAGCUCCGUGCGGAGGAGAUAGAGAACCGCGUGGCCAGCGUCAGCCUGGAGGGCCUCAACCUGGCCCGCAUGCACCACCCCGGGGCCUGCAUCACCGCCUCAGCCACCGCCUCCUCCCUGGCUAGCUCCUCCCCCCCCAGCGGACACUCUACACCCAAACUGGACCCCCGCAGCCCGGCCCGGGACAUGGAGCGCAUGGGCGUGAUGACCCUGCCCAGUGACCUGAGGAAACACAGAAGAAAGAUAGCAUCGGUGGAUGAAGACGGCCGCGAGGACAAGGCCACCAUAAAGUGUGAGACAUCCCCCCCCUCCACGCCGCGGACCGUGCGCAUGACACACACGCUGCCGGCUUCCUCGCACAAUGACGCACGGGGGAUGGCUGCGUCCCUGGAGGCUGAGGCCAGUGCUCUGAGCAGCGUGGCCAGCAGUCAGGACUCCCUCCACAAGCAGCCCAAGAAGAAAGGCAUCAAAUCCUCCAUCGGACGGCUCUUUGGCAAGAAGGAGAAGGGCAGGCUGGCUCACCUGCAACACAGGGAGGCUGUGGGGCCGGGCCAAGCGAUCAUAUCCGACCCAGACAUGGUGGGACAGGACAUGGCCAUGAGCAAGCUAGGGACCCAGGCGGAGAAGGACCGCCGUCUGAAAAAGAAGCACGAGCUAUUGGAGGAGGCGAGGAGAAAGGGCUUACCCUUCGCCCAGUGGGACGGCCCUACCGUGGUGGCCUGGCUAGAGCUGUGGCUGGGCAUGCCGGCCUGGUACGUGGCGGCGUGUCGCGCCAACGUGAAGAGCGGCGCCAUCAUGUCGGCGCUGUCCGACACGGAGAUCCAGAGGGAGAUCGGCAUCAGCAACCCCCUGCACCGCCUCAAGCUGCGCCUGGCCAUCCAGGAGAUGGUGUCCCUCACCAGCCCCUCCGCACCACCCACCUCCAGGACCCCGUCAGGCAAUGUAUGGGUGACCCACGAGGAAAUGGAGACCCUGGCUGCCCCCUCCAGAACGAAGUCUGACUCAGAGGAAGGAAGCUGGGCACAGACUCUGGCGUACGGCGACAUGAACCACGAGUGGAUCGGAAACGAGUGGCUGCCGAGCCUGGGCCUGCCUCAGUACCGCUCCUACUUCAUGGAGUGCCUGGUGGACGCCCGCAUGCUGGACCACCUCACCAAGAAGGACCUGAGGGUGCACCUGAAAAUGGUGGACAGCUUUCACAGGACGAGUUUGCAGUACGGCAUCAUGUGUCUGAAGAAGCUGAACUAUGACAGGAAGGAGCUGGAAAGGCGGAGGGAACACAGCCAGCACGAGAUGAGAGACGUGCUGGUGUGGAGCAACGAGCGUGUGAUCCGCUGGAUCCAGAGUAUCGGUCUUAGAGACUACGCCAACAUCCUGUUGGAGAGUGGAGUGCACGGUUCCCUAGUCGCCCUCGACGACAACUUUGACUACGUCAGCUUGGCACUGCUCCUUCAGAUCCCCAACCAAAACACUCAGGCACGUCAGAUUCUGGAGAGGGAGUAUAAUAACCUGCUAGCACUGGGCACUGAGAGGAGACUGGACGAGUGUGAUGACCGGGACCUGCGGGGGCCGUCGUGGCGGAGGCAGUUCCCCCCCAGGGACGUCCACGGGAUCAGCAUGAUGCCUGGCUCCGCGGAGACGCUCCCAGCAGGCUUCCGGCUCACCACAUCUGGACACUCCCGCAGAUUACCCCCUGAAGUUCUCUAUGAGGCGUUGGACGACAGUCCUGACGACAUGUAUUUGGACUGGUUUCAAGUGCCCAACUCCAAGGGUGGUCCUUAUGUUUGGCAGGAUUAUUAAUGAUAUGGUUUGACGUCGGACCAUCAGCAGUACAGCGCCUGGACAGCUCCACAGUGAGGACCUACUCUUGCUGAGGGAGAGAGAGGGACUACUAGCUGUCCAGACGCUGCUGGAGUUGCACCCUGAAGCUGCUGGACUGGCCCGCCUGCCUAAAACAAAGUCUGACGAUGCACACUGCCAAGAAGCGACUGCCCCACCACCUUACCCUCACCCCCCCCUUAAAAAAAACGAAGAGAAAGACAGAGGUGGGGGCCAAAAGAGAGGGUUGGACCCCCCUGCCAAGCCACCCCUCCUCUACAGUUAAAUGCCAAGAAUCCCCCCCUCCCCCCCUUUGUGUGGGCACCAGCUGCUGGUGCUAACCCCCCUGCAGGUUGUCCUGUUGUCACCCUUUUUACCUUCUUUUACAUAUACAGAAACUUCACUUGUCGGAAACAUAGCGUUACUGUGUAAUUUCUUCUACCAGAGAUAUGUGUAGGGUUAUAUGUAAAUUAAUAUAAAUAUGACUUUUUUUUAAUAUAUACACACAUCUAUGUAAAAAAAACAACUUAAAAAAAAAAGAUAUUCAGAGUUUGUGCAAAUAACUUUGCCUUCCCUUCUCCAUGUCACGAUUCAAAUAUGCUGCUCUUUGAACAUUUUCCUCCACGCACGCCUCUCCCCCACCUUGAGAGACCAUUUUGUACAUACUGCUAUUUUUUCAUCUCGUUGAGGUCGAUGUCGAAUGGGGACGGUUCGGUACCUCCAGAGAGGGGACAUCGGACGGUCAUACUGGCGAGGACUUGGCGUGUGACAUCCUACAUCUAUACUUUUGAAAUCGACCCCACAUUCCUUAGGUUGUUCGCUCAUUCAUACAUUCUCAGAGGAUCCCAUUUCAUGAACACAAAAGAAUAGUAGGAAACCACUGUGGCGCCUACUAACGUGACAAGCACUUUGAUACAACAGGCUCCACUCUGGACUGUCACUGCCAAGGACACUCAAUGACGGGGCUACAUGACGCGCACUCCAGACCACGGAGAACAAGUCGGACGUCGUCCUGUUAACCACGUUACCUUGACAACGGGUCAGGCCAUACAGCACCAUAUGUAGUAACUUGAACGCGCAUACACACUAACACAGCCAAGCUGGCCUUUUGUUUUUGUCCCAGAGGUGUAGAAGCCUCUGGAACUCACCCACCUUAUCAGCAGAAAUAACUGAAAGACAUCUGCAGCU